AUGUCUCACAACAGUGUAAGUGACAUCAGGCAGAUGAUGGUGGUGAUAUCCACGGUGGAGGAAUGGUCGUCUCUCAAGUCUCUGCUGCAGCACAGCUCAGGGGAUGAAUGUCACUUCAGCUCUGUGGGAUCAAACCAGAUCUGUGACAUGACGGUGGAGCAUCACUCCAUCAGCUUGCAUUAUACAGAUUUACAGCCAAACAUGACCGAGGAGGCCAUGAGCCAGGCCCUGGAGGGCUGCUUCAACUCCUGCAGGGACGGAAUCAGCUCAUUUCUGCUGCUGAUCCGAGGUGGAUGUUACACCAAGACGGAGAGGAGGAUGAUGGAGAUCCUGCAGGCCCACUUCGGAGCCGAGGCCUUGAAACACCUGGUGGUUCUCUCCGUGGAGGACGGAAAGGUUGUGGACACUCUGGACGACGCCCUCCUGGACCUGAUAAACGUGUGCGACGGCAGGUACUGUCGCUUCACGUCGACCGAAGGCCUGCUGGCGCUGCUCGAGAUGGUCGACUACAUGCUGGCCGAGAAUGGCGUGAGCGGAUACACCGAAGAGAUGCUGAGCGCGGCCAAGAGACGCAGCACAGAGGACUCGGCCCUGAACAUGCUGAAGCAGAAGAGGAAGAAGGAGGCAGCUGAGAAGAAACACCAUGAGACGAAGAGAGAGGGUCUGGAGGAGGCUUUGAUCAGCCACAGAGCCCUGCUGCAGCUGCAGACGAGCGCAGUGGACGAUGAUGAAGCAAACAAGUUGUCUGUGGUCCUGCUGGGUCUGUCUGGCAGCGGGAAGACUUCUGCUCUCAACCUGAUUCUAGAGCGAGCAGGUAAUCAGUACUCGGUCAACGGGUUGAGCCAUGAAUCAGCUUCAACAACUUCGUCCUGCGAGAAGAAGGAGGCGUUUGCGGCCGGGAGGCGCCUGGUCCUGGUCGACACCCCGGAGCUGUGGGACGAGGACGGCGUGGAGGCCGUGGAGCUGGUGAAGGACUGCCUGGCCCUGGCCCUGCCCGGACCCCACGUCUUCCUGCUGGUGCUGCAGGUGGGACGCUUCACCCAGGGCGAGAGCGACAUGCUGGGACACCUGCAGAGGAUCUUCGGCCGAGAGUUUGCAGAGCACGCCGUCGUCCUGUUCGUCCGCUUCGACAGCAAGACGCGGGAGAAGAUCGACGACCACGUGUCCGGAGCUCACUCCAGCCUGCAGGAGCUCAUCCGCAAGUGCGGCAGUCGGUACUACGAGCUGAACGUCUCAAAGUCCCAGAAUGCUUUGAGCUUCCCCCAGGUGAAGGAUCUGCUGUCGGGAAUCAACAAACUGGCUGCUUCUCACGGAGGCCGACCGUACGCAGUGAGACGGUUUUCUGUUCAGGAGCUGCAGCAGAGAAGUAAAGUGAUGGAGGAGAGGAAGGAGGGAACGCAGGAGGUCAACUUCUUACUGAGAGAUGAAUAAUUCACAGACAGGAGGACGGUGUGUUUGGCUGAUUCCACCUCAAAUCAGCAAAGUUUAAGGAACAACUUCUGCUCGACUGUCUCUGAUUUGCUUGAAAUUUUUACAGCACAAACUAUGGAUAUUUGUAAAGUUAUUUUUUUCCCACAUAUUUAAAUUUCAGGCCACAUUUCAACAAGAACAUCUCAAGAAAUAUUCAACAUAAAAGCCUGAAAUUCUCACUGUUAUUUCUUAUCAUGCCUUUAAUUCAGAAUCUGUAAUAUUGAACAAAUGAUCAAA